GCGGCCGUAGCCCGGCCGGAGGCGGCGUCGCUCGCGCCGCUGCGUGCGGUGUGGUGCGAACGGGAGCGCCGGGCGGACCCGGCGCGGCGGGACCAUGGAGGUCGGAGCGCAGCCCCGGCGUCAGCAGCGGGACCGCGGACCGUUUUAAUUUUGAUUGCUGUUACUACUGAUACCGGAGCCAAAGUGGUAAAGCCACUUGAGGAAAAUUUCUGCAACUUAUAAGUCAACGAUUGUAUGGAGUGGGGCAAUGCGCCGAGUGGACUUCUGGAUGAAUGACAUCCCUGUGUGGGAGACAAACUGAGCUGGCUUCUGGAGGUGCCAGAAUGACAGGCUUACAUGAUAUCAGGGAAGGUUGGGUAGUAUGAUGAUCUUGUCAAAAUGAAAGUAUAUUCCAGUUGUUGGAUUGUCUAAUGUUAUAUGAAGAGUAGGUUGGUUGUAUGAGUGAUUGUGAGCCAUGCCUUUAGUGAAGAGGAACAUCGAACCCCGGCACUUGUGCCGGGGAGCUCUGCCCGAAGGGAUUACCAGUGAACUUGAGUGUGUCACCAAUAGCACUCUUGCCGCCAUCAUACGCCAGCUAAGCAGUCUGAGCAAACAUGCUGAAGACAUAUUUGGUGAGUUGUUUAAUGAGGCUAACAACUUCUACAUCAGAGCAAAUUCCCUUCAAGACAGAAUUGAUCGCCUUGCUGUCAAAGUUACCCAGCUGGAUUCAACGGUGGAAGAGGUGUCACUACAGGAUAUCAACAUGAAAAAAGCUUUCAAAAGUUCCACAGUCCAAGACCAGCAGGUGGUUUCAAAGAACAGCAUUCCUAAUCCUGUUGCUGACAUUUACAACCAGAGUGAUAAACCACCACCUCUGAACAUCCUGACACCAUAUAGAGAUGAUAAGAAGGACGGGCUAAAGUUCUAUACUGAUCCUUCCUAUUUCUUUGACCUCUGGAAAGAAAAAAUGCUACAGGACACUGAAGACAAGAGGAAAGAGAAAAGGCGUCAGAAGGAGCAAAAGCGUAUAGAUGGCACCACCCGUGAGGUGAAAAAGGUUAGAAAAGCCAGAAACAGGCGCCAGGAGUGGAAUAUGAUGGCAUAUGACAAAGAGCUUAGACCCGACAACAGGUUGUCUCAGAGUGUGUACCACGGAGCGUCUUCCGAGGGAUCCCUGUCCCCAGACACUAGGUCCCAUGCAUCGGAUGUCACGGAUUACUCUUAUCCAGCUACUCCCAACCAUUCUCUGCACCCCCAGCCAGCAACCCCUUCAUACGCAGCUGGUGACGCGCCACAUGGGCCUGCAAACCAGGCACCCGAGCAUGAGUACCGGCCGCCCUCAGCCUCAGCCAGGCACAUGGCCCUAAACAGACCUCAGCAGCCGCCGCCCCCACCUCCGCCCCAGGCCCCAGAGGGGUCCCAGGCCUCUGCACCAAUGGCUCCAGCAGACUAUGGGAUGCUCCCAGCACAGAUAAUUGAGUAUUACAAUCCAUCAGGACCACCUCCACCGCCACCGCCCCCUGUGAUUCCUUCUGCACAAACUGCCUUUGUCAGCCCUCUCCAGAUCCCUGUGCAGCCCUCCUUCCCCACACCAGCUGGCUCCACCUAUACGGGGCCUCCUCACACUCCCUCCACGGGGCUCCUGGCUGCAGCUCCGCCUCCCCCAGGCCCACCACCACCCCCACCAGGCCCACCUGGGCCAGGGUCUUCUCUGUCAUCCUCCCCAAUGCAUGGUCCCCCAACAGCAGAGGCCAAGCGACAGGAGCCUGCACAGCCACCAGUUAGCGAUGCCCGGAGUGAUCUCCUUGCUGCUAUUCGAAUGGGAAUUCAGCUAAAAAAGGUCCAGGAGCAGCGUGAGCAGGAAGCCAAGCGGGAGCCAGUUGGGAACGAUGUGGCCACGAUCCUGUCCAGGCGCAUCGCUGUGGAGUACAGUGACUCUGACGACGAUUCCGAGUUCGAUGAGAAUGACUGGUCCGACUGAGCAGGCCGUGCCAGGCUGGGUGCCAGCUGGGAGGCCGCAUGUUGGAAGCGUGUUGAAGAUUUUAAGUGGUCUCCACAUGCUAAUAGUGGUAUUCUAAUCCUGUAGCGUAGCACCUUUUGUAUGAAUAAUGUGAUAAUGCUUCUGCACAUCCAAAACUUCUGGGUUUUUUCAGUAUUUACUGUGUAAUACUUAAGUGCCACUAAAUAUAGCAAAUUGUGCUGCACAUGAGGAACUAUGCUGUCACUACUGUAUUGUCCUAAAAACAGCUCUGCUUUCCUCUGGGCCAUGGGAGUAUUUAGUGCAGUUGAGGUUUACUCUUAUUGAUCAUUAUAUUUCUGCAGACUUGCUGUGUGUUUUUGUGAAGCUGCCUGAUGUUAGGUUUCUGCAAGAGUAAUGUCUUCCAACCAGUUAGGUGAUAAUGUUUUCCUGUUUAGUUUCUUUUCUUUUAAAUGCGUUUCUGAAGAAGUUGGUUCUGGAGAGAAAGGUCUGAUAAGGAGAAUCAAAUGUUUCUGCUUUCAGUGUCUUAGCUUGGUAGCCUCUGAGUGAAUUUGAGUGCUUUGCUAAAUAAUUUCAUUGCCUUUGCACACACUUGUCGCACGUGAAAUUGGAAGGGCCCUUUUUAGGCCAGGCUCUCUGUGUGCAUUCCCUUAGUAAAUGCUUGUUGAUGAUCUCUAUAAGAGGUUUCGGCAGCUCAAUAGCAAUGAUACUGAAAAACAAGAGUCAUUUUUCCUUUGGAAAGAUCCAGGCCAUUGGGGAUGGCACUCAAAAUACUUGCCAGCCCUUCCAGCUCAGGCGCCAGCAGGCCAGAGCAGAUGCCAGUGAUCCCGCAGCUGCCAUGCUGGCUAGGCAGAGCUGCUGUGCAGGGCCGGCUGCAGAGGAGACCCACUCCUUUUAUUUCCUGGCUCUGUGUCCUCAGUGAGGCCACAGCAGUCCCUCCUCCUCAGUGCAUGGCAGAGAGUGCUUUGUAGGGCACCUCGCUCCACUUGGUCUGAAUUUUAAAAGGCAAAGUUUGGGUGAAAGUAGACACAGACAGCUGUUCACUUUUCAUGGUGCUGGGGCCAGAGCAGGGAUCACUCCGGUGAAGAGAGCCUUCAUCCUGUCUUAGAAGCACACGGCUCUCUUUCCUCAUGCUGUUGUUGGCACAUUCAAUUUUUAAAAGUACCUCAGAAGAUUGCCUGGAUCAGCCCCAUAGCUGUAUUAGAGCACUUUGCUCUCACCUGUGCCCUUGCUGUUAUUCUUCCCAGUAGGGUUUAUUUUCCUAGCAAAGACAGACUGUUGGGAACCUCAAGAAUGAGAGCUUCUAUUUUGUAAUUCUGUAUGAAGGAUACCUGCUUGUUUAGAAUAAAUAAAUGCUCCAGGCUUUGUUAUAGAUAUGACUUUAAAAAUAUGCUAAGACCCUUUACAUAUGGAGGAAUUCUCACCUACCUGCAGUGUUUCAGAUAGAUUGCAGUUAUUGGUGACUCAGUUAUAAUGAAGGAAAGAAUCUUGAGCUAGAAGCAAAGCUGCUUGAGGUGAUGGUGGGAAUGUAAACAGCAUGGUAGCUAAUGAAUGUUUGUUACUGAGUUCUCCUGAGCAAAUUGGCCCGUCCCCCCCACACAUCUGUGUGUCUCUAAGUGGACACCUGUUUGGCUUGUGGGAGGUCAUCAUAUAAAGCAUGUUCAUUGGGUUUUAGUCAUAUGGAUUUUGAAACUCUGAAAAACUUACUAUCUACAUCCCCUUCCAAAACAGCUCAUCCUGGUUUAUCUAUUUCCUCAGCUGUACCAGGAGCACAUGAUCUUAAGCUCCUCUUCUUGGAGCUGGUCAUCGUUUGGCUGUCACUAGCAUUUUCUUGAAUAUGUAUAGUAAUAGUUAUUAAUGAGCUUUUAAAAUAUCUCUCUAAUUUCUCUUUUUUUUUUUCUCAAAAAGGGCCUACUUUGUUGGCAUUAUUCUUGGGACCUUUACUAAGUUUAAAGUCUUAUUUUGUCUCUAUUAUAAUAGGUUUGUCUUUAUUGUUACUUCUGUAUUAGAAGUUACCUAUGUAAUUCUAGAACUCAUGUUUGAUGCUUCUUUGUUUUUUAGGGCCCUUCUGUUCUCAGGAUGGAGAGAACACAUUAAAGCUACUAUCCAUGUCAGGAUUUAUUUCAUUUAUAUCUUAUUACAAUAAAAUUAGUGGCACUUUAUUCAUAAAUAUUCAUAAGCCUAUUAAUUAUUAGUUGUCGUCUUGUAGUUUAGUCAACAAGUUAUUUUCAACUUGAUUUUAUGACUAGUGAAAAAGCUUUUGCCCUGUUGUGUUCUAGAACCUUUAAAAGAAUGGAAAAUGACAAAAAUCCAAUUUUAGGUUUAUUUUUAGAGUAUUUUUUCAGCAAAUUCAAUUUAUUCUAAAAUUUACAUUUAGAUCUUUUCUAAUGUGGUAUUAGAUGAAAAGAAAAAAAUGAAUAUUUUGAAUUUUCAGUUCAUUUUCAAAAAGUAUUUACCAAAACAAAUGAAGAAAAACAUUUAAAAGCAUAUUUCAUUUCUAUUAAUCUUAUGUUUUAAAUUAUAGUUAUUAUAUACAUGAUAUUUGAAACUAGCCCCAGUUUUACUUUUCCAGGUAUGCUUUAGUUUAAUUUCUUCCCAGCUUUCUUUUGUCGAUGUAGACUUAGGGAAAGGGGAAGGAAAGGUCAGUCAGUGCCACACAUGUCAGCCACACCCGCAGGGUGGUUGAGCUGAAGGCAAAGGGUUGUGCACUGUCAGCCCCAUGCUAUAGCCCAGGUACACUUGCUUUUUCUUUACUAAGAAUACUAUUAGAAAAUUAACAUUUUCAUUCCAGUAAAUUUUUACAACAUCAACAUGUUUUCUGAGCACCAAGUGGCUAGGUUGUGAAAGUUUUACAAUUUGCAACUAAAAUACAUGAUACAUUUUAAUCCAUUAAAGACUAGGGGGAAUGUAUCAGCCAGAGUAGCAAGUAAUUUUUGUUUUAUAAUCAGACUAUCUGUCAUCUUGCAGUAUUACCAAUGCUGUUGUAAAUUGAAUUUAAAGUGAUAUUAAAAUACAAAACCACCUGUUAAACAAUUUUUAUCUGUUUGUAUAUCUUACUAUAGAUUAUGUACAAGUAACAUCUAAAUAAAAUUACACUUUUAACCCUAAAA